CCGCCUCAGAGAUGGACGCGCUGGUGAGCCGCUCCACUGCGUCGCGUUCGGUUCUCCGUUCAUUCCACUAACCGUUAACUAACGGCGAUCCUCAGCGCGUUUAAAUAAACAGACGCAGUUCGUCGUUUUCCAUCAUAGGAUCUCAAGCCAGCAGGAUGGCAGGCGCGGCGGGUGGCGGCAGGGGCUGCGUGACGCUCUGCGGCGCUCAGAUCCGGGACCUGCUGGACGCCAAACACAACGUGCUGUUCGACUGCGACGGCGUCAUCUGGAACGGAGAAACGGCCGUUACCGGAGCUCCGGAGGUGGUCAGUCUGCUCAAGCAGCGCGGCAAACGGGUGUUUUUCGUCACCAACAACUGCACCAGGCCGCGGGAGAACUACGUGCAGAAAUUCAGCCGCCUCGGCUUCACGGACGUCGCGGAGGAGGAGAUCUUCAGCUCGGCGUACUGCUCCGCCGCGUACCUGCGCGACGUGGCGCGGCUGCAGGGGAAGGUGUACGUGAUCGGCUGCGGCGGGGUGUUGAAGGAGCUGCGGGACGCCGGGGUGCCGGUGGCGGAGGAGGAGGACGCGGAGCCGGGCGCCAGCAUCUACAACUGCCCGCUGGACCCGGAUGUGAAGGCUGUGCUGGUGGGAUACGACGAGAACUUCACCUUCAUGAAGCUCGCCAAAGCCUGCUGCUACCUGCGGAGCUCCGAGUGCCUGUUCCUGGCCACUGACCCGGACCCCUGGCACCCGCUGAGAGGAGGCAGGGUCACCCCAGGGUCCGGCAGCCUCACGGCGGCUCUGGAGACGGCCAGCAGCAGGAAGGCCACGGUCAUCGGGAAGCCCAGCCGCUUCAUGUUCGACUGCAUCUCCAGUCAGUUCGGUCUGGACCCGGCGCACUCGCUGAUGAUCGGAGACCGGCUGGAGACGGACGUUCUGUUCGGCAGCAACUGCGGCCUGGCGACGGUGCUCACGCUGACGGGCGUCUCCACGCUGCAGGAGGCGUUCGCGUUCAGAGACAGCCAGGAGCCGCAGCAGAAGCACUGCGCGCCUGAUUACGUGGUGGAGUCUGUGGCGGAUAUCCUGCAGGCGCUGGAGGAGUGACAACUACAGCUUCAAUCUCCAUGCUGCUUCAACACGGACCGGUAACAUCAGCACAUCAGUAAUCACUGUCUGACACCGGACGCUGCCCUUAAAUACUCCGCUCAAGUGUGAAUAAAUGAUGACAAAUAUAUUUCUCUCCUUUUAUUUU